UGUCACAGUCAGUGGCAGGAAAGAGAGGAUAGAGUCGGAACAAAAAGGAAAUACCUCCCCUCGCUGGAGAGGAAAGGGUUAAGCCUAUUACAGAAGACCAAUCAGGAAUGGGGGAGCACUGCAAACCUCCGCAGUAAGAGAGAGAGAGAGAGAGAGAGAGAGAGAGAGAGAGAGAGAGAGAGAGAGAGAGAGAGGGAACGAGGGAGCAGGGAGAGAGAAGAGAGCAGAGCAGAAGAUAGAGAGAUACCAGGAGUGUAACGGUGUGUGCUCCUAUCCAGACACUGAGGCAGGGAGAGAGCACAACAGACAGUUGAUGAGAUGAGGAGCAUUUACAGACCACACGGAUGGAUGAGAGGAAAACCAGAGGCAAGGGAAGAAAAAGAAGAAUCCCACCAACAUCCCUGUCAGGAGUAAUCUCUGUGGACUUGUUUUUUCUCCCUGCCCAAGACUCAGGAAGGAAAGAGCAGCUGACAGUAGUGUGACCCUUGUGCAUUCCUAAAUAUUCAAUCCUAAUUCCUGGAUUACCGCAGAGGGCAUCAGAAACCAGUCUGGAAAUUUGUAUACAUCUGUCGACCUAGAUUGUUGCAGAGGUGGGGAAAGGAGAGGGGGCAGCGUGGUGUGUGUGGACCGGUCCCGGAGCAUCUGUGUUUACCCUGCAUGGUCACUGUGAAGGAAGGAUGUGGGGCUGACUGACAGACAAAUGAUGAUGUGUGUAUCUCCUUGUUGUCUGGGGUCUUUUUUCGAGAGUCUACUACCUACGGCGGGUGGGCGCUCUGUCUGACAAACUCACUUCUACUACCUCAUGAGGAUGACCUUCCCCUGAAUUGCAAAAUCAACUUCCCUCCUAGGCGCAUAUAAAUACUGGUGAUCACAAUGAUCAAAGUUCAUGGUGAUUGGAUACGUAUGCACGCAAAUAGUCUGCUCCACUCGAGCCCUCUCCCGUGAUUGAGGGUUCAGCAUGUCAAAGGGCAAACUGGACACCUGUGCUGGAUUUUCAAGUCAGUGGCGACUGGAGCCAGGCGUACAGAGACUGAUGAGAAAGGUGGAGAGUGAAGGUCAGUUCCGUUAGCGAUCCCAGGGGACACAGGGUCCGGGACGCUGCCCGGACACACUGACCUCUGCUGGACAGAUUCUGGACGUUAUGAUGCCGUAUACUGGGGGAUCGACAUGGCUGACUGACAAACUCUUGGAGUACAAGCUAAUGGAUGUAACAGUUUUUUUACAUUUACAGAUCUGACGGCUACCUUCUCACUGGGGACAAAAAAAAGCAAGGAUUUGGAUCGUACUAUGAGCAGCACAUUCCACCCCUGUGCAGGGGAAAGAGUCUGUGUUCCUUUGUUUUCUUCGUUGGCUGUGUUUCUCCUGUCUGGGAAUAUCAUGAGAUUAUAAACAGGAGGUGGCUCCGACAUUUUAUUCCUGCUCCACUCAUCCCUCAGAGCUCCCACCAUCACCAAAGCAAACGGACCAGAGAUCUGAGAAAGAGCCUGUAGGUGACGUUAGCCGACAUCCACCGGGUGCAGCGGGCUGAUUCCUCAGCUUUCUUGUCCUUGUGGACAGGAAGAAGUAGCUCAUAGACAGUUGAGUCAGACAGGUGCUUCUCUGGCUGUCAGCCUCUCUGGGAGGACCAAGUGGUGGAAAGGAAAAGCCUUCGCUUGGGGGGCCUGGCUCUGUGGAUCCAACAUGGACUCUAUGGCCUGACUGCACAGCCCUGCUAUUCAGAUAGUGCUGGAGGGAAGGGAUAAUGCAUAUCCUUCCCAACCUGGAACAAGAAGCCACCAUGAGCAACGUCACAGUCACUGACAACACGGAACCUAUCAGCCGCACCAUGAGUCCGGCAACCCCGAGCCCGUACCCCUAUCCUGUUAGUUUUCAGGUCUCCCUGACUGGCUUCCUCAUGCUGGAAAUCCUCCUGGGGCUGAGCUCUAACCUCACUGUGCUUGCCCUCUACUGUAUGAAGUCGAACCUCAUUAGCUCUGUCAGUAACAUCGUCACUAUGAACCUCCAUGUGUUGGACGUGCUGGUGUGUGUGUGCUGCAUCCCCCUCACCAUCGUGGUGGUGCUGCUCUCCCUGGAGGGGGACACUGCGCUCGUCUGCUGCUUCCAUGAAGCCUGUGUCUCCUUCGCAAGUGUUGCCACUGCUGCUAAUGUGCUCGCCAUCACCCUUGAUCGUUAUGACAUCUCAGUUAAGCCAGCUAACCGGGUGCUGACCAUGGGCAGAGCCCUGGCCCUGCUGGCUUUCAUUUGGGUGUUAUCCUUUGUUAGUUUCCUUGUACCCUUUAUUGAAGUGGGCUUCUUCGCCCAGGGCCAUGCUGAGCUGAACCAGACAGUGGUGGAGAAUGUGGUUCACACCAACCAGUACUAUACAGAACUUGGCUUGUAUUACCACUUGCUUGCUCAGAUUCCUAUUUUCUUCUUUACUGCUGUUGUCAUGCUCAUCACCUAUUCAAAGAUCCUGCAAGCGCUCAAUAUUCGCAUUGGCACACGUUUCCACAAUUCACAGAAGAAAAAGGCUCGCAGGAAAAAGCAUCCAUCCAUGACGCCCAUGACAACGCAGCAAGAGGCCACUGAUGGACCACAGAGCAGUGGCAGCCGAAUGCCCACACUGGGCAUGCGUACCUCUGUCUCUCUAAUCAUUGCCUUGCGCAGGGCUGUUAAACGCCACAGAGAAAGGCGAGAACGCCAAAAAAGAGUUUUCAGGAUGUCCCUCCUGAUAGUGUCUACUUUCCUCCUGUGCUGGACACCAAUCACGGUACUCAACACAAUCAUCCUGAGUGUGGGCCCCAGUGACCUGAUGGUCAAGUUAAGACUGGGCUUCCUGGUCAUGGCUUACGGGACCACUAUCUUUCACCCUCUGCUCUAUGCCUUCACGAGGCAGAAGUUCCAGAAAGUCUUGAAAAGCAAGAUGAAGAAAAGAGUUGUGUCCAUCAUCGAGGCAGAUCCUACACCUAAUAACGCCAUCAUCCACAACUCCUGGAUCGACCCAAAGAGGAACAAAAAGGUGACAUUUGAGGACAAAGAUGCCCGACUGAAAUGUCUGUCUUCUGUGGAUGUGGAGUGAAGGAACCCAUUACUCCGUCAAUAAAAGCAGCUAAAACUGACAUCAGGUUAUGAUGAAAAAGGGAAAACAUUAAUCCAAAGCAGUAAUGUAAAUAAUAUAUGUAACAGAAUGUACAAAAAGAAGAGGUGGAUAAUUUAUUACUAUUUAUUGAGAACAAAAGUAGCUUUCAUAGAUGUACCAUAUACUGUACUGUAGAUAUUGCAUGGCUUUUUGUAACUGUAGCAGCAAAUUGUCAGUGUUUCCAAUUAAUUAGGUUAUUAAUGCCUAACUUGUCCCACCACUGAUUCUUAAUGAACCCCCCCAAAAAAACACUUCUCAUAAUAACAUGAAAGAUUUAUAGCGGAGUGUUUUGCGCCAUUGCUUCAUUAGAGCUACGCGCCCUUGGCUCCACUGUCUGUCUGUCUGGCUCCGUCUCCCCCUACCAACAAACUGACAACAGACCGGCAGCACCAGGAGAAAUCCAACCAUGUCAGUUUUACCAUCUCUGGCAGGACUCUGUAUAUUAUCAGUCAUUUCUGCUUUAGAUCUGCGUAUUCCAAUGCCAGGCAUGCAUUUCUCAACAGGCAGGCAGACAUCACCAUAACACCACCACAACCCACCACAGAUAGAAUCAAAUUCAGUGGGAAACACUGCAUAAAGUACAUUGUGUACAUAUAUGAUAGAUGUAAAGCAUAGGGUAAACAAGGUAUAUAAAUAGAGAGAAAAGUAGGAAUUGUUUAUAUGUAUAUGUAUAUUUAUAAUAAAUUGUGUGUUCACUCACCUAAGGCAGCCAAAGGCUUCCUAUUCUUCCCAAAAGUAAAGUGUUUGUGAUUGUGUAA